AUGACAGGCAGAAAGCUGGCAGGCCCUUCCCUAGGAAGACGGAUCUCCUGAUACAGACAGUGGGGCCCAAGCCCUCGGAUUGGCCUAAAACAGGGUGUGUUUUUCCCACCGGCUGGGCCUUGGCAUCCUGUCAAACUGCCUUCACACCCAGCUGUUAAAAGAACAACGACCAAAGAACGACAGCGGGACUCAGUGUGCUGGAGGAAGCAACCAUGCAGGUGCUGACCAAACGCUACCCCAAGAACUGCCUGCUGAAAGUCAUGGACCGGUACUCGGCCGUGGUGCAGAACAUGGAGCAGGUGGUGAUGUUCCCCAGCCUCCUGCAGGACGUGAAGCUGAAUGCGCAGGCUGGGCCCCCCAGUCUCUACAACUACUUCACCAUGCUCAAGGCCAUCCGCACGGAUGUGGACCACGGGCUGCUGCCCCGGGAGGAGUGGCAGGUCAAGGUGGCCGAUGGUAAAACCACUGUGACUGAGAAUGAAGCUGCAGAGACGGAGGAGAGUGAGGAGGAGGUCUUGGAGCAGCUGGACCUAGAAGCCCAGUUCCACCUGCACUACACUAGCCUUCAUCAAAUCCUCACCCACCUCACCUUGAAAGCUGAGGAGCUGACGAGAGUAUACCAGGAAAUAACAGGACAGGCCGUGUAGGCCUCCGACUCUAGGGAAGACUCUGUGAUGAGGACUUGGAGCAACUCACUGGCCCUGAUGAUGAGACCAGAAAGGCUAGACCUAUGGCUGGAAGUGAGGUGACGCGGUUUUCUGAGAUGCUUCCUUACCCUUCUCCAAGCACCAGUUCUGGACUUGUCACUGGGUCACCACCUUUAGGAUGCCUGUUGCUAUUAGUAACUCCCACUCACCUCUCACCAGCUUGGGGCCGUGGUCAGUGGUUUGUGGGGGACUAGAUGUUACCUAGCCAAUGUGGUACAGUAGGAAGAAUAUAGGUUUUAGCAUCUGACUCUUAGCGCAUAUUCAAUGUGAUCUUGGGCAAGUUAUUUAACCGGUUGGACCCUAAAUUUCAUGACCCAUAAAACGCAGAUAUUGUGUGCCUCACAAAGUUGUUCUAGAAAUUAAACAACAUACAAUCAAAAGCACCUGCUGUGUAAACGCUAUUAUUACGGGCUCAUUCCCCCAGCCACCCUGCUCUCAUCUGUGUUUGCUCCAGCUUUUGUUCUUUACACUCUAGAACCAAGGGGUAGCAGAGUCCCUAGGGAUGAGUGGUUCACUCCUGAACCUGCCCAGCACAGAUGAACUGUGAACCUAUUUAUUGCAGUAGCAAUUAAAAAAAUAAUACCUUGAACUUGUAUAUAUCUUUAUUCUAAAGUACUAAAGUACUUCUAAAGUACUUUCUCGGACACAAUUUUAUAUUUAACAAGUGGGACUCAAGAGAAGAGAUGGAACUCAUCUGAUUUUGCCCAAAAAACCAAAUUUGUAUUCACACUGCUACCUAAUUUGAAAUCACAUAAUGAGAAACUAUUUUAUUAAUCUCCAAAAACCAGUCUGAUUAUAAAAUCUGAGCUUGGAAACAAAAACUUCCUGGGCAAUCGCUUGGAUUUGGUAAGGAGUGAAGAGUACCUUCCUUCCAGGCAGGUGGGCUCUUCUAUUACUAAUGGCACCCAGCUCCACUGUAGACAGUGUUGGCACUGAGCCCGCCUUCUCCCGGAUGACCCAGCUAAGAGCAAGGACCCCUUUGUGGGAUCAGUCUUCUGUUCUCCUGGUCUCGAGUCUCGUGCUUGUAAACCACCUGCUAUAUUGUUCAGAGAGGGCUCACAAAUGAAACCCUGACCGUUAUUCCCAUUU